AUGGAGUUGAGCUGCCCUGAUGUGCCGAAUACAGCGGCCCACUUGACACAAAGCGGGACCCAGCGCCAACGUAUCAGACAGGCAUGUAAACAAUGUCACUUGCUGAAGGCGAAAUGCUCAGGCACAUCGCCCACCUGUCAGAGAUGCUGUAAGAAGGGCAUCUCAUGCGAAUACACAGUGCCUAAACCUCUCCUAAAAACGCGAAAGAGGCGCAGAGCAGUUCCAUAUUUGGAAAAACAACAGACCACUCCGCUUUCACCGCUGGAAAGGGCUGAACACACCUGUGAGAAACCUUCAUCGGGAAAUAUAGCGUCAGAAAUCGCCUCUAUGGGAUGCAAUAUUACCCAUAAGGAUCAACAUCGUAAUAAGGAUGGUGACACUUGUGAAGGGCUUGGGUUGCAGAAAACCAUUGUCCGACUUUACAUUGAUGCUUACUUCGAAUACAUUUCCCCUCUUUGCGAGAAUGGGUUCAUUCACCGUGCCCUGUUUCUUCGUGCCUGGACAAGUGGGAAAGUGGACCCGGUCUUACUGAAAGCAAUAUGCAGCGCCUCGGCAGAUUUCGUGCCUGCAAACUCGGAUGCAUCCACAAGAAGAGACGGCUGGCUCUCUGAGGCUGAGUGCUAUAUCUGGACAAAUAUCGGACGGCCAUCUAUAGCCAUACUUCAAGUUUUGGUGAUAGUGAUUUCUCAAAACCUCGCGUUGUCGCGUUUCUCGGCCCUGCAACUCCUGCUUGCAGUCGCAUCGAAAAUGGCAUAUUUGCUCCGACUUAAUCACGAAAAUCCCAAACUGACUACCACUGCUCGAGAGAUCCGCCGCCGAAUUAUGUGGUCUAUCUUCAUCCUGGAAAGGCGGUUAGCGGGUGGCCAAGAGGACCUGACAACAUGCCCCAAGAAUGCGAUGCAUAUACAACUGCCUUCAACCGAGAAAGAUUUCGAACUGGCCAUUUCGAGUAGAACUGGUCCACUUGUGCCAACAGAAGCUGACGGAGAGAGCUCAAGCAUGGGAAUUAGAGCAUACUUCUGCAGACUCUCAAGUAUCCGCCAUGAGAUUCUCCAAUACACUAGGAGAGUCAUUUCGCAAGGUGCCAGUGCAAAUGACACUGGCAGUGAGCUUCUUCAGUUGGAAUCCGACUUACUGAAUUUCAAAAACUCACUACCAGAAGCCCUGGUGCUCAAUGAGCGCAAUUUGAACUUGCGCGCUUUCUCGCCACAAAUGCGACGAUAUGUCAUGCUCCAUGCUGCCUGGCACCAAUGCCACUGUGAUUUAUACAGGUUCAUGAUCCCUGGGCUGCGAGACUCCCUAUCCAGUGGAACCCUCAGAAACACCUCAUCCGAAUUAAUGAUGUAUUGCCAAGCGCAAGCCGUGGAUCACGUGAAUGCCCUUGUCGAUCUUCUCCAAAUGGUACUAAGGAUUGGCGAUGGAAUUAUGCUGGAUCCGGGAAUCAAAAUCCUGGUAUAUCAAUGCACGAGAAUCAUCACACGGGCUUCCGAUAUCGGCCUUCUCGGAACGAAGUCAGAAAGACUAGAAACACUAUCGAAGCUGACGAUUGCUGCGGAAGUAUUGCUGCCUAUCAUCGCAGUCAAUCAGUCCACUAGUCAACUGGUGAGUUGUAGAGCCGACUCAAUCGUCAAGACUCUCUUGCCAUUGUGUCGUCUCAGAUGA